GGGAGGGAGCAUAAUUUAUUAAGGAGUUUCUUAGGGAAAAAUUCGUCUACACUCUUCAGUCCUCGGGCUUUCGAAAAACCCUUUGUCAAUAGUGUGGCUGUGUAAGUUGAAGUUGUUUGCUCAAUCAUCGCCCCUUCAAUUCUGCAAAGAAGAGAGAAAAAUGGUGAGGCUAACGGCGGACUUGAUCUGGAAAAGCCCUCAUUUUUUCAACGCUAUUCGCGAGCGCGAGCUGGAUCUCCGAGGAAACAAGAUUCCGGUUAUAGAGAACUUGGGUGCCACUGAGGAUCAAUUUGACACCAUUGACUUGUCAGACAAUGAGAUUGUUAAGCUUGAGAAUUUUCCAUACCUUAACAGGCUUGGGACACUGUUGAUGAACAACAAUAGAAUUACCCGAAUUAACCCGAAGAUCGGAGAGUUCUUGCCGAAACUGCACACCUUGGUCCUUACUAACAACAGGCUCACUAAUUUGUCCGAAAUUGAUCCACUUGCAUCACUCCCGAAGUUGCACUUCCUUAGUCUUAUCGACAAUAACAUCACGAAGAAACCCAAUUAUCGCUUGUAUGUCAUCCACAAGUUGAAGUCUUUGAGGUUGCUGGAUUUUAGGAAAGUGAAACAAAGGGAGCGAUUGGAGGCAAAUAAUCUAUUUGCAUCGCAAGGUGCUGAAGAACAGGCUAAGGAGGUAUCUGUGAAGACAAUUGUACCUACUGAGGUUCCAGCCCCUGAGGUGCCAAAUGAAAAGCAAGCACCAAAGCCAACUGCACCUACACCGGAGCAAAUUAUUGCUAUUAAGGCUGCCAUUGUAAAUUCGCAAACUCUUGAAGAGGUUUCUAGGCUUGAACAGGCCUUGAAGUCUGGCCAGAUUCCUAAAGAUCUGCUCAUUGGGGAUGAUGAUGUUGGGUCUAAGAAGGAUGAUACUGAAGAAGACAAAAUGAUUACAGAUGGUGAGAGUCAAGCUAACGAUGAACAAGGAGAUACCAUAGAUGAUGUGGUCACUGAAAUGGAGCAGGAAUAGGCGUUCUAUUUCUUGGUUGCCGUUUUUUUCGGAGACAAUUUCACCCUUGGCUGUCGCCGACAAGUCUUUGAAGCUAACGGGUGGAAUCUGCAGAUGUGGUGCUUAGCUUUUCUAACAAAUGUGGAUUUGUUAAAGACUGGGUAUAGCUGAAGCUACUUUUGUUUGUUGUACUGUUAAGACACGGCCUUUUCUUUCAUGACAACUACAUGAGUAGCAAGAGAGUUUCAUCCAAUCCAUUGCUCAUGUUAUCAUCUGAUGGUGGCUUAGCAUUUAGCAAGAUUGUAUCUUUACUUUAUACAAUUAUCUGCAGAAAAGGUAUGAAUGGAGUCAUUUUUAGUUAGGUUGGGAUAACUCUGUUUAUGUCUUCUCUAGAUAGAAGACGGAGAUUGAGUGUUGCUAGGGCUAUAACGUCCAAAAAUGUUUUUUUAUUAUUAUUUUUUGUUGAGAAGAGAGACUGAUCUCUUUUGCAAUUUCACAGAUAAGUUUCAUGCUUCUUUUAAUUAAAGGAAUAAGUGGUUU